GCACGACCUCUAUUCCAGAGCGACAAUCGCCAUCUCACAUUCACAGCUUGAAAUAUCGAAUAGAUAUUUCAGCUUUCAAAUUUGUUUUUGCUUCUUGCAUCUUCAUAAGCAACCAAGCAUUCUCUUCAAAUUGAACCACUCAUACAACCACCACCCAACCGACCAAAUGGCUACCCCCCAGUCCACCACCUCUUACGAGGGCGCCGAAGGCGACAAGAAGCUCGAGCAGAUCACCUUCCGAUUCUGUUCUGAAUGCUCAAACAUGCUUUAUCCCAAGGAGGACGAGGAUGCUCACAAGCUUCAGUUUACCUGCCGAACUUGCCAGUACACCGAGGACGCCAAGUCUACCUGCGUCUUCCGCAACGUCCUCAACACCUCGGCCGGUGAGACCGCCGGUGUCACCCAGGAUGUUGGCUCCGAUCCAACGGUUAGUCAUCUUCCACCUGUUCUCUGUUACGGCUGUGGCGGAGUCAUCUUGUGCACCUCCUGCGGCCAGCCCGAUUGCCAAAUGGUCGUCUCCAACGAGAAAGUCAGUCAGCCCAUCACGGGCAUGUGCCAGUUCACCUUGCCAUGGGAGGAUCCUUUCGCCGACUACGACGAGGAGAUGAUGGACGAGGACUACGAUGACACCAAGACCGAGUCUGAUGACUUCCUCUCCGACGCCAGCGAAGAAUUUCUAGAAGAGAUCUCGAUGAACUGUGAUUCAUCCAUGAAAUGUGAAUCAUGAGCAUCUCCAACAACCAUCCUGUAUCACGACGAUUAUGUAACUGACGACACGACACGACUGGCACGACUAUAUUAUUCUAUCUUGGGCUGACUGGCACAUGCUCUGGGCUUCUGGCAUCAUUAUUCGGCGGCGAGCAGUUGGCGGCCGACCGUUCACAUGACAAAGUAUAAGUUGGAAACAGCAGUUGGAGCACCGGGUGUCUCGCGUCUUCUUUGGAACCCGCUUGUCAUCGCUUAAAGACUGCUGGCUGACUUUAUUUCUUUUUUUUGCGCGCUGCAGCUCCCGCGAUCUACAAAGACCUGCCCUAGUUGCCAGCACACCGAAGCUGUGUUUUUCCAGUCUCAGCAGCGAAGCGCUGAAACCGGCAUG